AAUGAACUUUUGAAGUUAAAACUGAGAGAAUGUAGUAGAGUUACCAGUGUUUGAAAUUAUGUAUAUUUUAUAUUGUUUUUACUUGUAAUUUGCGAAAUAUUCAUACUCUAGUAACCGUUGUAAUAAAUGGCUGUUAAAUUAUUAUUAUUAUUUUAUUAUUAUUAUUUUAUUAUUGUUGUUAUACAACAGCUGGUAGUAUGCGACUAUGAAAUAACAUCAUGGUAGUAUAAAAUUCCAUAAUUAAACGGCAUCAAAAGAAUAUUAUGUGUUCUACUAAAUUUUACUAGCAGGUAAAAAUGUAUCACUUCUUGGUCAAAUAAAGAAAAGAAGCUUUAAAAAUAAGACUUUAUAUUUUAUAAGGAUUAGUAUUCAGAAAAUUAUUAAGCAAAGCAAGGUGGACUCCGUUGCUUUUAUCAGGCUUUUAUAUACACUCUGUGUAAUAGAGGGUGGCGGUGAGUACAUGAUUGUUGUAAACAAUACGUAAACUAAAUCAGUAUCUAAUAUAGAGUUUCAAAAUACAGCAGACACUAAAGCCCUGGGCAAACUAGGAAACAUUGUUGCGGAAACAUCCGUGAUUCUCGAUGUUUCCUCAAAUGUUUCCAUGUUUGCCCACCCGUGGAAACAUUGUUGCGGAAACAAAAUUUGCUUCCCGGGAAGCAAAAAUGUUUGCUACGAAAUUCAGAAACAUUUGAUGUUUCCCUAUGUUUCUCACGAAUGUUUCCUAGUGCUUGCCCACUCUAACUCAAAUAGCAUGGCUUAUUUCCUCGUUAGCUUUCUCCCCCCCCCCGCCUUCUAAUAAACAUUCAAUCUUGAAGCACUGAAAUAAAUGAGCUUCCAUGCUCUAUUUAGCCCGUUCUUGUCAAUUUGCCAUGCUAAAAUUUGUUCACCAUCUUUGACCAUUUUAGGAGAGAGGGUAUUUCAAAUUCCUCCGCGACAUUUGAGAAGACGUCUGAUUUCUGAGGUCAGUAUUGACAGAAAAUUGUACGAAUAGUAAUUAUAAUUUUAAUCAGCACAUGUAUAUUUUAGUAACAAGAAUAACAAAUCAAUCACUCAAAUCAAAAACUUUAAAUUUAUUAAUGUGUUACUCGUUCUUGCUUACUAGAAAGUAAUUGGGGAUACCUACUACUACCGUCUAACUAUACCUAUACUUCUACCGUCUAACUACCCUUAUAAAUCUAACUAUAAUUUACAGUGAUACCUACUUAUAUAACAUUAUAACUGAGGAAAUGUUUAACUGGAAUUUAAGGAAAUUUCAGAAUUUAGUUAGUUACAAUCUUAGGGUUACAAUGUUACAUACACUGUUUCAAAAUUUAAUGAAGAAAUGCAAGAAUGUGAAAGAAACCAAAUUGUAUACAGUGAAGCUAUAAUGUGGGAAAGAGAUAGGGUGGUGAGAAAUGGUUAGUGUUUUAAAAUCUUGAAAUAUAUACUGUACUGUACUGCACAGGUUUUAACUAAUAUCGUGGUUGAGAACAAUAACAGGAUUCGUAUAGCGGUCUUUGAAAUCCUUGAAAGUCUUUUAAAUUUGAAUUCAGGUCUGUAAGGUCUUUGAAAAGUCUUUGAAUUGUGUCAGUGAAAAAGCGAAGGAGUCUUGAAGCAUGAAUUAACUAAAAACGUGUCGAAACUUUCGAAACCUGUAUAGAACUUACCUUCAAAUGCGAUUUAAAAUUUACCGUUUGAGGUUAGCGGUUUGCCAUAAACGUCCAUCUUAACUUCUCUAAUAUAGCGAGGCAGAGCGAGACAAGCAACAGAAAUUCCUUUGCGUGCUAUCGUGGAAGUCAUGCAUGACAGCGCAAAUGGUUAAAUUUUGUAACUUUAAAUAGGUGUUCGUGCCAACAAAUUAAUUAUGAAUAGAUUAGCAUAAUAUCUCUUUGACAACCAAUCGCGGAAGCUGUGCAUUGCGUUCGUCAUCGCCUAAGGAUAAGUAUAGGUAAUCAUGCGAUGGUGAGUACAAUUAGGGAUUAAUAGCACGAGUGAUGUUUGGAAAUUUUGCCAAAAUUGGACGAGCCGCCGGGGCGAGUCCAAUUUGGCAAAUUUUCAAACAUCACGAGUACUAUUAAUAAUCUCUAAUUGUACGAGCAACAUCGCAUGAUUACUUGUUUAUUAUUAGCAUGCCAACAUCAUAUUCUCUCGCCAAAGCCCACUCCUGCCAGACUUUCAACCAAAAUUUUGUGCUUUUGUUCGUAUUUUCAUUUAGCUCUUUUGUUAAAGCAAAAUUUAGUGCUUUUGUUCGUAUUUUUAUCUAGUUCCUCUUGGGCAAUUUCAGUUCACGUUUGUGUUUAAAGUGCCUUUCCGCCAUUUUGUUUGUUUUGGGAAAAUCAUUAAUUGUACAGCAGUACAAUUAACGAAAUAAUUGUACUCCUCUCAGCCAAUCAGCAUCCAGUAAUUUUGUCAUGCUAAUAAAUCUUACUAUAUAAUAUAAACGCAAAAAUACUAGAAGUUACAAUCGCAAGGAAAAUGCUGCCAAUAUGUACAUGCAGGAUGUACUAUUUAUUGUCUUACACAUUGUCCUACAUUAAUUACUUCGUACAAUUGUAUCUUACAUCUCAUCUUAUAAAAAUAGGUACGCAUUGCGUACAUGUGGUUGAAUAAUUUAUAUUCAUAUCCUAUGUAGUUCAGUGCCAGUACUGACGACCGUUCAAGUACGACGAAAACGUAAACACAACAAAUGUAUUCUAUUAACAAGUUAGAUAUAUUUUUUACAUAUAUUCUUAAUAUUUUUUUAAUUAUUUCGUUAUUAAAUGUCAUAACGGUUAAAUAUUUCGUAUAAAUAUUCAAAAUAUAUAGAACUACAUUCAGAGAUUGGGCGGCCAGUGGUCCGUAAUGUAAAUAAACGCUUUGUUUACAUUUUGAACUCAGUGCCACAGUUGUAAAAUAUGAUUAAUCUUAGAGCACGACUAGUCAAAUGCCCUCAGGUUCGCCACUGUGAUUAGAUAUAUAUUAUGCGGCUGAAUUUUUAACACUCUUCUGGUUCGCUAUGCUUGUAAAUGAAUACAGACUAGAGAUUCAAUUCAAGAAAGUUCGGAAGUUGCGAAAUAUUAAUAACGGUUGGGUCCUGACCAUUGCAAUGUUGGCAUGCGCAGAACGGACUUUACAUCACCUUUAUUAUUCCAUUCAUUAAAAAAACAUAUAGUGCGAUGUUUGAUGUCCCCAAUUCGCGGUUCCCUGGUUAUAGUGGUAUCACUGUGGUGUGGUUAUAGUGGUAUCACUGAUAAAGAUUAAAGAUUGCAGCCUCGAAUGAAAAUAUUGAAUGUUUUGAGAAGAUUUUGCUGUUGGCUAUCGCGCACCUGACCCUAGCUUUUUUUAAAAGUUCUUGCACGGGUCAGGGCAAAAAAUAAGCUAUCUUGAAUAUCAGUGAUACCACUAUAACCACAAUGCAAAGUUAUAGAUGGAUAGAUAGAUAUUUUAUUAAAAGCCACUUUGCAGCCACUUUGGCUAAAUUACGUAGAUUUUUACAAUAGUAUAUAACUUUAAAUAUUGGACAUAUUAGUCUACUCAAUUAUUAUAAUAUAUCAUGGAUGGCACAAAAGUGUUCCUAAAGCGGUUAGUGUUAGUCAUUGGAAGAUCAUAGAGGCGUUUGUGCCUUAAAUUAUAUUUCGCUUGGUGUUUUGGCGGCAACAGUGCAUGGAAUUUAUGGUCACUGCCAGUUGAUAUUUUAAGGAAAAGCUUUUCACACAGUCUCGGACCGAUAAGGAGUUUAGUCCAGAUUGCUGAAGGCUCUCUGAAUAUGGCUGUCCUCUGUAAAUUAUAGCCAAGGAUCGUUUUUGUACUCGCUCAAGAUCGUCAGACAAGUACUUUGGUAAAGAGUGGUGAAAUACCUGUGAUGCAUAUUCGAGAGUGGGUCUAAUACAGGUACAAUAAAAGUUAACAACAUCUGCCUCAGGAACAUUUGCACGUUUGAGUUGGACCAGACAAUACAGACGUUUGUUCGCUUUCUUAAUGACAUGCUCGACAUGGAGGUUCCAUUGUAAUGAGUUCGAGACUAUCAGGCCCAGGAUUUUUGCGUGGUCCACUAUUUUGAGUGGAACGUUGUCUACUCUAAUUGGGUCAAACUCCUGAUGAACACGCUUAAAGUCGAUCCUCAGCUCCUUGCAUUUUUCUGCGUUCAAGUGCAGUUUAUUGUCUGCUGACCAUUUCUCAACAGACGUGGCAGCGGAUUGAGUGUGGGUGAGGGAAUUCUUUGGAAUGAUUUCCGAAAUUGUCGUGUCGUCAACAAACUUCCACGUACUGAUGCUGUUCACACGUAGGUCAUUCACCAUUAGAAGAAAUAGCCAGGGGCCUAACUUGGUGCCUUGGGGUACUCCUGAGGGGACGUGUCUCCAUGACGAAAGGGCGUCGGCAAGCUUCACUCUUUGAUAUCUGUUGGAUAAAAAGUCGGUUAUCUAGGUAAUGGCGUCAGGUUUUGAAGUUUUUUAAUUAGAAUGGAAUGGUCAACUAGGUCAAAUGCCUUUCUAUAAUCAAAUAGAAUUACUCUGACAGUUGCGCCAGAUUUGUCUGUACCUUGGGACCAUUCAUGGAUCAUUGAGAUUAGGGCAAGCACUGAAGAGGACUUUGGUAUGGCCCCGUACUGAUCCGGAUCUAAUGCAUUCAAUAUAGCAGGCGCUAUGUACUUUGUGAUCACAAAUUCUUCUGCAACUUUGGAGAUUGAUGGCGUCAAGGAGAUCGGUCGCAAAUGUUUGUUGACAUCAGUGGCUGAUUUUACCUUCGGGACUGGGAUGAUGUCAGCUUGUUUCCACAUUGACGGUAAUCUCUGUUCAUCAAAGGAAGAAUUGAUAAUAUUACAGACUGGUUUUGCGAGUAUCUCGGCAUACGUUUUAUACAACCAGUUUGGGAUACCAUCAGGCCCGCUAGCUUUUCGAGGAUUAAUUCUCCUAAGUAGGUUGCAUGUAUCUAGUUCUGUCAAUUCAAAAGUCUCUAGGUCUGGACCAAACUCACCAUUGUUGAAUGGGUUGCUAGACAGAGGUUCAUAUUCACGCAUGGGUUGUAAGAAGCCCUCGUUUUAUAUUCUAUUUGCAAUUUCCUCUGGGUUACCUUUAUAAUCAUGUUCAUUAAAUUUCAGCUGCGUAAAAAUGUUUUCGUUGUUACUGUUGGGCUGCAUACCUGAAAUACGCUUCAGCUCACGCCACCAAACAGACGGUUUGGUACCCUUACUUUCGUGGAAAAGUAGUUGUCACGUAAACGCUUUCUCUCUCGGUUUACAAGGUUUCUGUAGUGACGAAAUUCUGUCAUUUUUUCUGAGCGAAAGCUUCCUGUCGGCGUUUAAUCAGGGUAAUAAAUUCAGGUGUUAUCCAAGGUUGAUUGUUGGUGUGUAGUUUUGUUUUCUUUAGUGGCAUUAUUAUAUCCAGCCCAGUUUUAAUUAAGUCCUCAAAUAAUUGUUUUUUCCUAUUGCAUGACUUAAUAUCGUUGAGUAUGUCCCAGUUUAGGGAGCUAAGGUACAGUCCCAAUUCUUGUUUCCGAAUUUCCCUUCUGUCGCGUUUCCAAAAAAAACUUUUUCCUAUCCCGAGAUAAAAACAACCGCCUUUCUUUCGGAUUUAAUAGUAAAAUUGUGGUCGGAUAGGCCGAACGGAGGGAAGCCGGGAUGAAAGGGAGUUUUUGUCAUAGAAUUUAUUGAGAUUGGUGAGGAUAAGGUCUAGUGUUUGAUCGCGUCUUGUGUGUAGACGAACAAGUUGUUUCAUUCGGAACUGACGAGAUAGUCUGCUUACAUUGAGACGGUUAAAGUCGCCAGCUAAAAUGAUUCCACACCCAGGAUAAUGACCUUCUAUGUCCGUAAGAGACUUUGCAAGGAUUGGAUGUUGGAAGAUUCAAGAGACUGUCUCAGCGAACGUCAAUUUGGAGGAAUUCCUCGUUCGUCGUUUGUAUUAGCCCUCCUCGAAAUGCUACACACAUGGUUUGUUGCCUGGGAGAAACCCAAAUCGGUAAUUAGAAUUGUUUUCUUGGAUUUUUCCAAGGCAUUUGACCUUAUAGAUCAUAACAUCUGUUGGAGUUCGUCCCGCUUUACUACCAUGGUUAGCCUCGUACCUAUCCGACCGGUUACAGAGGGUAAACAUAGAUGGAUCGACAUCGUGUUUUAAAAAGAUCAACGCAGGUGUACCUCAAGGAAGUAAAAUCGGCCCGAUAGCAUUUAUUACCAAAAUUAAUAAACUACCAGAUUUGACAUUCACUGACAAAAAUUCAGGAAAAGAACAUAUUUCAAUUUUUAUGGACGAUACUACCCUAUCAGAGAUUCUCAAUAUAAAUAACCCUGAAACACACCCAGUGAGCAACAUCCAAGCAAAUGUUGAAAGAAUUUCAAAAUUUUCACGAGAGGAAAACAUGAGGUUGAACUUGAAAAAAACUAAAGAAAUGGUAAUCGACCUUCGAAUUAUGAAAUAUGAAAUACAAGUGAUUACGAUAGACACCAUUCCUAUUGAAAGAGUACAAUCCCACAAGCUAUUAGGCAUUUGGCUUCAAUCAGAUCUCAAAUGGCAUACUAAUACCUUUUUUAUUAUUAAAAAGCCCAGGAAACGCCUAUAUUUUUUAAAGGUGUUAAAGAAAUAUGGCGCACCAGUAAAAGAUCUAUUAAAAUUUUAUUGUUCAGUGAUUCGAUCGGUUUUGGAAUAUGGUGACAUAUUAUGGCAUGGAGGCCUAACGUUAUCACGAAGUCAAGAUAUUGAAAGAAUCCAAAAACGUGCUCUAAGGAUUAUCACUCCUGACCUAAGUUAUGAUGACCUAAGUUAUGAAGAUGCUCUUGCUUCGUCUAAACUACUUCCACUUAAUCAGAGACGGGACAUGCAUUGCAGUGACUUAAUUAAAAACAUGUCCUCCCCGUCACAUAAAUUACACUACUUAUUACCUGUGAAAGUGGGAAACAUUAGAAAUAGGGAAACUAGAUCCAAUAGAAACAAAUUUUAUAACUUUAAAAGUAGAACUGAUCGUUUUAAGAACAGUCCACUAGUCUAUGCUAUUGAUAAAUACAAUAAUAAUAUAUAAUGUUCUUACUAGAUGUAAAUAGAUAUAGUUAAUUUUAAUAACAUUUUAAUAGAUUAGUAGUAUUACCUAUGUAAAUACACGACAAUUAAGUUAUCUUAUUCCAUGUAUACUAUUAAAACCCGGUAUUAUUAUAUAUAAGGUAUUCUAACAUCAUGUUAUUGUCCGAACUUGGAGGAUGAUAUAAGGUACCAGUAAUUAUACAUGGGAAUCCUCGAGGAAGUCUGGUCGGUCUAAUUUUAACCCAAAGAACUUCAGUUUCGGCGUUGUGAAAAUGAUCUAAAAUUUCGUAACUGAUCGAGUUCCUCAAGUAUAAACAAACGCCACCGUGACUACCAGAGGAUCGGUUUUUACAAACAACGUUAUAUUUGGGAAUAUUGAUAUGGCUUUUAUCGAUAGCAUUUGUAAGCCAGGUCUCUGUGAUAAGUACUAUAUCGGGAUUUUUGUUCAGAAGGAAAAGACUGACUCGCGAAUCGGGUGAGGUUUCUCCAGCACGGAUUGGGAAAAAGUUACAUGUAUUAGGCACGCUAUUAAUAUGAUGCGAAGAUAUGCUAAUUUCACGUUUGUUAUUGUGACCAUGCGUGGACGUGAAUAUAGUUCCGUGUCAUAUUGCGUAUUUUAACUUUUCUUCCACUGCGGCGACCGCGGAAAGGUUUUAAAAUGCCAAGGGUACGAAUGUAAUUAUAAAUCUUGUGGUCUAUAUGCUUCGACAAAGGCGGAAGGAACGAAGAAAUGACGGCUUGUAAACGUGAGUUAAGGCGAUAUGAGAGUUCGACGUCGUGGGCUGUGGUAAACGCUGGUUUAAUGUUACAUUCGAAACGCUGUGGUUUGACUUCACAGGGCCAGGAUUUGGUGAUAUAUCAGCGCAUAUAGUCAAGUCCUCUUUGAAAGGUUUCCUUGGCAGUACGAGAGUUGUGAAUCCGUGCUUCGUACACUUCGUAAUAGCUCGCGCGAUUUUGAAUUUCGAUUCAAGACUUGACCGGUGUCACAGCGGAUUUGGACCCCCCAGUAGAUUUGGACCCCCCGGUCCAAAUCUCCUAGUAGAUAUGGACCCCCCGGUCCAAAUCUCCUAGUAGAUAUGAACCCCCUUUAGCGGAUAUGGACCCCCUUAUUUAAACACUUUUAUAUACUAAAAACAACUCCAAUAACAGUGAAUAUGUUAAAUUCAUUAGUUUUCAGAUACUCAGAGCUACUUAUCAACCACACAUAGUCAUUUAUUGUGAAUAGAAAACGUUGUUUUUUUAUUGCCAGUGAGAUCCAAAUUCAAAAAUCUUAAACUACAAAUAAAGGUCCAAAUGGAAAGUAUGUGUACAACCAUAAAAGGAUAAAUAAACACGCUAAAAACUCAUUUAUAUACAUAAUAUGGCGUUUAUAUGACCAGAAUAGAUAAAAAUCUGUUCAUAAUUCUCGGUCGUAAUUCUUGGUAAAGGUCGACAUCAGCAGAUUCGUUGUUGGCAAAGACUAUACAUUUCUACGUUUUGUGGCCUUUAUCACAAAUAUUUAAAGUGAUAAAAUACUUCAGAUUGAUCGCUAUUAUAAAUUUGGUUUAUAUUAUUGUGUUCACAUUACAUAUAUUUAACUUUUGAAGGGGGGUCCAUAUCCGCCAACGGGGGUCCAUAUAUACUAGUAGAUUUGGACCCCCGGGGGUCCAUAUCCACUAGUAGAUUUGGACCGGGGGGUCCAAAUCUACUAGUGGAUAUGGACCGGGGGUCCAAAUCUACGGGGGUCCAAAUCAACUGGGACACCGGAAUAUUACUAUAUGCGAUCUCGAUUUCAUAUCUUUCUGAAAAUGAUCCAUCCAUUGACAAUCCAAUACAAUCCUUCAACAUUGUUUAUUUAGGAAGUGCUCUAUGUAAUUUAGGCUCAUAAGCUUGCGUUAAAAGUAUAAAAAAAUUUGAAAUAAUGAGCAGCUUCAAGAUUCUGUUGGCAGCCAUAUUGGCGCACUACUGUGGCCAGGCAAAGUGCUACGAAAACGUAAAAAGAGGAAUCGCGAAUUGGUUCUACAAAGGGGGAGUCUUAUUAACUGUUUAUUUCUUGUAUCAUGACAGUGUAAAUCACUUCUUUUAGUUUCUUCCAUAUUAAAAUCAACAUUAUUGUUAAAGGCUUUAUAAACAAAACUACAUCUGUGAAAUUGUCUUCUAUAUACGACAAAGGGUAUGCCACUUCAACAUUGUUAAAGCCUGGCUACUAGAAGCAUCGAUUGGUAGAUCCAACACAGACUUUGCAGUUUUAUUAUGAAGAAUUUGCAGAUCAUUCAUCAGGGAUACAUUGUUUUUGUCACCCCAAACUAAAUCACCAUAAUCGAGAAGAGGCAAAAUUAAGCUGUUUACUACCAAAGGCCUUGCCACGGAAUGGUGUUACUUAAGUUUCCACACGGGUUCGGUGUAUUACUUAUAUUUAUUUCGUAUGUUUUCCUCAUAUUGUACAAGUCUUACAACGCUUUUCCGAUAACUCUCGGAACUAAAUCAAGACAAACAUGUGUUCAAUAUCCGGGCAUUUUCCCGUUACGUCAGACUAUAACAAGUUCAGGUAUCUAUUUUCCGGGUGCCAAUUCCGUUGGGGGUACACUCUCCCCCUUCAAAUGAAAUCGCUAUUUCAGCAAAUACAAAUUAAUACGCUGACAAUUCUUAUGCUCAUACAAGUAGCUAUUUCGUGUUCGGGAUCUUGAAUGAUUCCUAGAGUGGGGUGAUCAGUCCCAUCUCGCAAAAUCUCACUACCGUCCUUCAAUAACCAUCCUGAUUAAUAUUCAGCAAAGAGUCUUGCUUCGCUAAGUUACACCGUUUUACACUGGGUUUUUUUUCUCAUAACGUUCUAACUCCAUAACUAAGGUAUAAGUCUAAUAUGACUGGAUGGGUUAGGGAAAAGGUGGGUUCUGCCAGUUCGGAGGCAUCAUAGGGGAAAACCUAUGCGGGUGACAAGAUAUAGGAAGCCAGUUUAGAGGUACUGAUCCAAAGGGUUGUACUUCGUUUGGAGUAGGUACUACGGGUGGCAUAGGUGCAUGGUAGGUAUGGUGGCAUAGAUGGUAGGUAUGGUGGCAUAGGUGGUAGGUAUGGUGGCAUAGGUGGUACAGUAUUCCAUGGUUUUCAUCGUCUGCACGAGACUUGUCUGUGGCGUCGCCACCAUCUGCUUCAUCGACGGCGAUGUCUGGGUUCGGUUCAACAACGAAAUCUGCGUCUGCAGCUGCAGCAUUAUUAAAUAAUUUGGUCAGUGUUUCAAGUAAUGCGAAUUUCAUCUUCACUUUCGUCUACGCUCUCUUCGUCUGUUUCUUCGUUGCCGGGUUUUAAAAUGGGAUUUCUGGAGGAGAAACUCUUUUCAUAACCGUCCGAUCGAUUUCUGGCCAAUUUGCAACAGGAAUAUAAUCACAUGGUUAUAGAUUACG